GCGCUCCUUGCACAUAAUUGUCCCUGAGGGGAAGGAGAGGGGUGCGAAUCCCAGGCGGGGAGUGUUUCUGUCCCGCACCCUCCCUGCCUCCUCCGCGCCGAACGGGCUGGGCAAUGGGAAGGGGUUAAUGGCGCUGGAGAGAGGGAGGGUGGCCGGCGGUUUGAGAGACAGAGCCUGGACAGCUGUGUUUGCUGUGGUAUUUUUAAAGGCAUUAAUGCAGGCUCCAAUCACCCGGCCAAGCCUGACCUAUUUUUGGCUCAGGCCGGCCAUUGUUCUAUUUCUGCCGCCGCUGGGCCGCGCGGGUGUCGAUUCAGAUGCAAAUGAGGCACCGCUGCCGCUCCAGCCAACUUCGCCCGGCCGGGCAGAGCGCGGAGCAGGGGCGGCUGCGCUCCUCCGGGCUGGGGCACGUCGUGGUGAACCCGCGGCGGCUGCCGGGCCCUGCAGAAGGGGGUUAUUUGGUUUGAUGGUCUUUGAGAGGCAGUGUUCCCCUCCUCGCUCCAGCUGAGAACCCGAAGCGCAGAGAUAAUUCUUCAUUUCUUCCUGCACCUGCCGUGGGCCGCCCCAACGCAACUGCUCAGAGCCGGCGGCGCGCAGCCCCCCGCGCCCUCACGGCUCCUUCUAGCGGGCGGGGGCUGCCGCCGAGAGCGCAUCUGGGGCUUUCCCCCUCUCUCGAUAGAUACUCGUGCAAAUGCUUAAACACUGCUAAUUGCCGAAGCGUAUUAUCUUACAACCCGCGCAGGAGGAGGUAGGACCGCAGAGGGUCGUGCCCGAGCCCCUGUGCAAGUGCAGUGAUGAAUCUGUGGUGUAGCUGAAGUGCAGACCAGCUGGAAUAUGCUGCAGACCAUUUACGAGAGUGAAUCGUGUUUUUCCUCAGAUGGGGUUUCUGGACGUGAACAGCUCUUGGCUCAGCAAAGAAUGCACAGUAUGAUCAGCUCAGUGGAUGUGAAGUCAGAGGUUCCCGUGGGAUUAGAGCCUAUCUCACCAUUAGACUUGCGAACUGAUCUCAGGAUGAUGGUUCCCAUGGUGGACCCAAUUAUGCGUGAAAAGCAGCUACAGCAGGAACUACUUCUGAUCCAGCAGCAGCAGCAGAUUCAGAAACAACUGCUGAUUGCAGAAUUUCAGAAGCAGCAUGAAAAUCUGACCCGCCAGCAUCAGGCCCAGCUCCAGGAGCACAUAAAGUUACAACAGGAACUCCUAGCCAUUAAACAGCAGCAAGAACUCCUUGAAAAAGAACAGAAACUGGAGCAGCAGAGACAAGAGCAGGAACUGGAGAGGCAUCGCAGGGAACAACAGCUUCCUCCCCUCCGAGGCAAAGAAAGAGGCCGAGAAAGGGCAGUGGCGAGUACAGAAGUGAAGCAGAAACUUCAGGAGUUCCUCUUGAGUAAAUCGGCAACAAAAGACUCUCCAGCAAAUGGGAAGAAUCAUUCCAUGAGCCGCCACCCCAAGCUCUGGUACACGGCUGCCCACCAUACCUCACUGGAUCAAAGCUCUCCACCCCUGAGUGGGGCCUCGCCGCCGUACAAAUACACUUUACCAGGAGCACAGGAUGCCAAGGAUGAUUUUCCACUUCGUAAAACGGCUUCAGAGCCCAAUCUGAAGGUACGUUCAAGGUUAAAACAGAAGGUGACAGAAAGGAGGAGCAGUCCUUUGCUCAGGAGGAAGGAUGGAAAUGUCAGUUCAUUUAAGAAGCGACUCUUCGAGGUGACAGAAUCCUCAGUCAGUAGCAGCUCCCCUGGGUCAGGUCCCAGUUCUCCAAGCAAUGGCCCAACCAGUGGCAUGACAGAAAAUGAAACCUCGGUUUUGCCAUCUAACAUUCAAGCUGAGCAUCUGGUUUCCCAGCAACGCCUUCUGAUACAGGAUGAAUCAGUGAACUUGUUGAGUCUGUACACGUCCCCUUCUCUGCCCAACAUUACCUUGGGACUUCCAGCAGUGCAACCUCCGAUCAGUGCUUCAUCAUCAUUUAAAGAAAAGCAGAAGGGGGACACUCAGUCGCUCAGGCAAGGAGUGGCCUUGGCUGGACAGUAUGGAGGGAACAUUCCUCCGUCCUCAACACAUCCUCAUGUUGCUUUGGAGGGGAAGCCAAACAGCAGCCACCAAGCACUCUUGCAGCAUCUGUUACUGAAAGAACAAAUGAGACAGCAAAAACUUCUUGUGACUGGAGCGGUUCCUCUUCAUCCACAGUCUCCUUUGGCAGCAAAGGAGAGAGUCUCACCUGGCAUAAGAGCUACCCACAAACUGCCUCGUCACAGGCCACUGAAUCGAACACAGUCAGCUCCUCUUCCUCAGAGUACUUUAGCCCAGCUGGUCAUCCAGCAGCAACAUCAACAAUUUCUGGAGAAGCAGAAACAGUACCAGCAGCAGAUCCACGUGAAUAAGAUGCUCUCUAAAUCCAUUGAGCAGCUCAAGCAGCCUGACAGUCACCUGGAGGAAGCUGAAGAAGAGCUUCAUGGAGAUCACUCGAUGCAGGAAGAGCGAGCUCCCGCCAGUGGUGCCAGCGUUAGGGCUGAGAGCAGCAGUGCUGGUGUGGAUGACAGAAUAGGACAGCAGGUGGGGGCUGUGAAAGUCAAAGAGGAGCCACCGGACAGUGAUGAGGAUGUUCAAACCCAGCAAAUGGAAUCUGGGGAGCAAGCUGCUUUUAUGCAACAGGAGUUCAUGGCACAUCGGCGUGUCCACCAGUUGCAAAUCUACCAGGCUCAGAUGGCUACAGUUGGCAUGGCAGGAUUAGAUAAACAUCGGUCGGUGUCCAGGACCCCAUCUUCCCCCGCUGAUUCCACAUUAACUCACCCAGACGCGGACCAGCCCAGCCAGCAUGUCUACACAACUGGUGUCGUGUAUGACAGUCUGAUGCUGAAGCACCAGUGUAUGUGUGGCAACUACGCUAAUCACCCUGAGCACGCUGGAAGGAUCCAGAGCAUCUGGUCAAGGCUGCAAGAAACAGGGCUGCUAAACAAGUGUGAGCGAAUUCGAGGUCGAAAAGCCAGUCUGGAGGAAAUACAGCUGGUUCACUCUGAACAUCAUUCACUGCUGUAUGGCACCAGCCCCCUGAACAGACAGAAGCUGGACCCCAGGAAACUCCUAGGAAACGUGUCUCCAAAACUCUUUUCCUUGUUGCCUUGUGGGGGACUUGGGGUGGACAGUGACACCGUUUGGAACGAGCUGCACUCGGCCGGGGCGGCACGCAUGGCGGUCGGCUGUGUCAUCGAGCUGGCGGCCCGCGUGGCCUCCCGGGAGCUGAAGAAUGGCUUUGCUGUUGUAAGGCCCCCAGGCCAUCAUGCUGAAGAAUCAACAGCCAUGGGGUUCUGCUUUUUUAAUUCGAUUGCAAUUACUGCCAAAUACUUGAGAGACAAGCUAAAUAUAGGCAAGAUAUUGAUUGUAGAUCUGGAUGUUCACCAUGGCAACGGUACACAGCAGGCUUUUUAUGCUGACCCCAGCAUCCUGUAUGUUUCCCUCCAUCGCUAUGAUGAAGGCAACUUCUUCCCCGGCAGUGGAGCCCCAAAUGAGGUUGGAAGUGGCCCUGGUGAAGGGUAUAAUAUAAAUAUUGCUUGGACAGGUGGCCUGGAUCCUCCUAUGGGUGAUGUUGAGUAUCUUACAGCAUUCAGGACUGUGAUCAUGCCAGCUGCCCAGGAAUUUGAUCCAGAGAUUGUCUUGGUGUCAGCAGGAUUUGAUGCAGUGGAAGGCCACGACCCUCCGCUGGGCGGGUACAAAGUCACAGCUAAAUGUUUUGGUCACCUAACCAAGGAGCUGCUGAAGCUAGCGGACGGCCGUGUUGUGCUGGCACUGGAGGGAGGACAUGACCUUACUGCCAUCUGUGAUGCAUCUGAAGCCUGUAUAAACGCCCUGUUAGGAAAUGAGCUGGAGCCUCUCCCAGAAGAUAUUGUGCACCAAAUCCCCAAUAUGAAUGCAAUAGCUUCUUUAAAAAAGACCACUGAAAUUCAAAGCAAGUACUGGAAGUCAGUGGAGCCAUACUCUGUGCCAGUGGAUUGUGCUCUGGCUGAGUCUCAGAAACAGGAGAGAGAGGAGACAGAAACUGUAUCUGCUAUGGCCUCUCUUUCAGUGGAUGUUGAGCAGUGUAUCCCUCAGGAAAGCAGCAGAGCUGCUGGCGAGCCCAUGGAAGAAGAGCCAGCCUUGUGAAGUGCCAAGUCCUCCCUGAUAUUUCCUGUGGGUGACAUCAUUGUGUAUCCCCCCAAAGCACCUUCAGACAUGUCUUGUCUGCUGCUUGGGUGGCACGGAUUGGAUGGAACAUAAACACUGGGCACAGAACUCUGAAUAGCAGCUUCACUUGUCCUUUGGAUGGACUUGAAAGAGCCCUAAAGAUUCCUUAAAUGUAACCACUACAAUUCUAGAGUUACAGUGAAAUGGGCUUGGGAGAAAGAGCCUAGAGCAUGCUUUUUACAUGCUGUUUGACCCACUCACCAACAUAAAUUGUGAAAUUGAGUGUUACAAAACUCUACAUGAUAGAUUAGAGAUACGAGAAUUGCAACAGACGGCAGAAUACUUGGUAAACUCCCAUGAAUCACUUUCUGACACUUUUUACUGGGUGAUUUUUAAUCAUACUGUGUGAAAUUGUUAAUAGAAUUUGUUUUCUCUGCUCUGUGUAAGGAAGAAAGUACACCACCCACCCGUGUUCCAUGUGCCAUUUUUUUAACGCCCUGUAAUGAGUUCUUAGCUAAGUGAAAAGUGCGUAAAAUAUGACGAAGGAUUUGAGCUAAAGGGAAAGCACUUCUUAUUGUACUAUAAAUACCCCAAAGUACUGUGUUUGAUGGUGCUUGAUUUUAUUUUCCCUUUUCCUGGCUAUCCCUCCUCAUUUCAUGUGAUCUUUUCUAUCAUAAAACCACAUUCGCGAUUCUCUAAACCGAGCGAUCUCCUGCCUUUAAGAAACACAAGUGCUGUACCCUCCGUAGUUGACAGUAGCUUUCACCAUAUGUGCAGCAGAGAUCAAGCAGUCUCUGAAAAAUGGAUGGCUUUCCAAAUGUGUUUUUGGUUUGUUCUGAACCGUUUCUGUGUCCUGCCUCUAAGAGCAGCGAUCUUCAGUAACUGCGUGCAGCUCGUUUGAAGCUCAGGUGUUUCUGUGGCGGUUGUGGUGGGGGUGUGUUUUUUUACAGGUCGUCAUGUGAAUAUGAACUGAUUCUUUUAUGUAGUCCUGCACCAAGAGGACUGAUGUUGCUUAAAAAGCUUCAAAGGGUUUAGGCUUUAUUUUAGAUCCCAAAAGUGCAGCAAGAUCUCCCUGCAAUGUGACUUUAGCUGUUUAGUUCCAUGUUUGAGAACGUAACUUAGAGUCGUGCCUUUAGCUGAUAACGAACGCUUAAACUGUUACACGUGUUGCCUUACCGUCAGACAAAGAGAUAGGGCAUGUAUGUAGGACUGCUUCAAAUGCACAAAACUCUGCUACAGCAACUUUUAUUUUGUUUACAACUUUCUCACCUAAUGAACCCCGGGAGAUACCUUGAAGUAUUCAGCUUGCGGUAUUCGAUAGCUCGCUCAGCUUUUAAAAGCAAGUGAAGUUCAUUUUUAUAUCUUUUCCAAACUCAGAAGAUAUAUUAAAGCCAUAAGUGAAGACUGUCAUGCUUUUUAUUCUGAAAUCUGAAAGGAACCUUAAUUAAAACAAGCUUUUGGGGAAGGCCGUGAUAUGAAAGAUAUGGAACAAUGUGGUUUCAGUUAUAGACUGACUCAAACCUGUAAAUCAAAGAUGAAAGAUUUCACUCAAAUAGAAUUAUAUAAUUCUCUUU